UGAUUGUAAACACACUCACGUACCGCAUAACCUCAAAACAAUAACAAAUAUAUGCUGGACCUAAAUUAAAAAAAAAAAACAAACAAUAAUUAUUUAAAUAAUGGAAUUACCAGAUACAUUAAAAAAUAAUUUACGUACAAUAAAAGCAACAUUAAGUGAUGAAAUAUUUGAUAAAUUAUUAUCAGAUUGUAACAACAUGUUGAUGAAUAUUAUUACUGACAAACCAAAAGAUAAAAUGAAAGUGACAUGGAGUAAUGACACAAAACCCGAAAUUUGUAAAGCAAUUUACACUGAUUACAUCAGUAUAAUAAAAGAAGCUGCGCGAAAUAAUUAUGAGCCAAAUAAUUUAUCAGAUUAUUUACAAACAAUAGGAAUUUUUAAUGACGGUCAAAUACUUAAACUAUGCGACGUUUAUUACAAACAAAUUAAAAAUCCAAUGGUACUGCAUUUAAAUAGUAUCGGAAAUUGUCAUCCAUGUGUUGUCGACAUUAAUUGGCGACUUGAUUACUGUACAAAAACAAGCAUCGAUAAUUAUGCAAAUUACUGUAUUUACCACAUUAAAUUAACAGUCAAAAAAGAAGGCGUGAUAAGCGAUGUCGAGUUUUCUUGCACGAUCGAAGGAUUACAUGAGUUAGUCUACAAGAUAAAGGACAUUGUGAGGCAUAUGGACAAAUUAAUCCACCGUAAUUGCGGAGAUAAAAUGAUAAAAUAAUCAUUUUCAUAUUUAUUAUUAUUGGAAUUUAAUAAAAAUAUUUAAAUGUUACGAAAUCUUUAUAAUACCGGAAAUAGCAGACAUUAAAAAUUUUUUUUUAUGAAAAAACCUCAGAUUCUAUGUCUGCUACUUUUGGAAUAGGAAAUUUUUAUUGUAUAUUUUGUAAUUACUUAUAUAUUUAUAUACUUUAAUUAUUAAUUAAUAAAUAAAAUUUUUUUGAGCAUGA